AUGCUUGAUGAAGCGGAAAGAUCUGUCCAUGAUGCCCUCUGUGUUUUGAAAAGAAUUAAAGAGAGUCCAAAUUGUCUGUAUGGUGGCGGAUGUACUGAAACUGCACUUGCACUUGAGCUGUCAAAGUUUGCUCUAGAAGUCAAAACGAAAGAGUCAGAGGCUAUUGAGUGCUUUUCUAGAGCACUAUUGAGCAUUCCCAAGAUUCUUGCAGACAACUGUGGAUUUGAUGGCGAUGAAGCCAAGUCUUUAUUGAAAAAUGAUCAUGCCUAUCGCCGCACUACCUACGGUGUUAAUGUAGAAAAUGGGAAGACAUGCUGUAUGAGGGAAAAGGGUGUGAUUGAAGGCUUUGAGAUGAAAAGGAGAGUGAUAAUGGCAGCAUGCGAAACAGCACAAGCUAUUUUGAAAAUUGAUGGCCUUGUUACAUGCAAGCCCAGGGAAAGAUCGCACGAUCAUGGAUGCCAUUAA